UCUUCAUUGAUUCGUCUCCUGAGCAUGUUGAAAAAGAAAGAACGGAGUGUUCGAAGGUGCAGAAAGUGCAAACGAAGAACGGAGCUUGCUUUGCCACGACCGAUUUCUCCUUGUCUCCUCUAUCCCUCGAUUCCCUCGUCGCCGAGCGACAAGCAGUUCGGUCUAUUAUCGAGUCAGAAAGUCACUCGUACUGUCUCGGCUCGCGAGACGACGCGAAGGUGGACAACACUCUGUAGGAAUUGCCUCGGAACUGUGCAACGAUACCAGGGAAUAUAAGAUUACUCGCUUCAUUCAGGUCUAUGAUCACCGUCAUUAUAUCUCGCACGUCCGAAACAAUUCAAAAUGAAACCUGUAUGGAUUCGAGUGUUGUAAAGCAUAAGAAGAGGGAAAUUCGCGACGAGGAAAACGAAGUGGAAAAUUGACCGACCCGAUGAGUCAUUCGCUCGGACGAAUCUAGAUCUAUUUGCACUCCUUGCACUUCUUGUGUUCGGAGUGAAAUAAAGAAACGUGAUCCAUGGGAGCGAGAAAAAAAGGAGAAAUGAUUACUUGAUCUCUAAUCGGAUUGUGUUAAUAUCGAUGUAAUUGUGUCAUAUCGCGAUUAAUCGCUAAUAAUUCUACCUGACUUGAUUUUAUUGAUUGUUUUUAUUAUCGUUCGCGCCGGGUACAGUUGAUACGACUAUUAUUGCAAUUUGAAAGCAAUUAAAUAGGACGGCGUUUUUAUUGUCGUGCAGAUCGACGUUGCAUGAAAACAAUUCGUGAAUAAUAGGUUUUUUAAUCGCUUUACUCUUUUAAUUGAUAGAUACAACCGAUAGUAUCGAUUAUAUGACUUAAAACAGCUUAACGUACAACUACGAUGUUUAUCGUGAUUCGCGAGUGGUCACUCUCCUGUAUAUCUUAUCGAAAAUCGUAAUCAAGAUUACGUAUCUAACGUAAUUGCGCUACUACUGUUACCGAGGAGAUUACGGAAAAGAUAUCAGAAACAGCGCGCGCGCGGUUACACACAUCUGACUUCCUAAUUCCUAUUCCUCAGUGUCGUGCGACGGUGCGACCGCACUGACUGCGACGGUGCGACAGCGCUUACAGCAUCGGGUGAGUGACGGCGAGGGCGAAAGGGAUCCAAUGAGAUCUUUUCUUCUGCUUACCGUGUCUGUCUGUGGAUUCCGUGGUACGCGCCUGCACAACUUCCGCGGCGCGCGAUGUUCUGAUGAGCCGAGUUAUUAUUUCACGCGGACGAGGUAAAUGGAGAGGCGCCAAAUGCGGCGUGAUCAGGCAGUCAUCGCGACCAAAAGGUGGGCACUUUGUUUACGCAUCUUGUACUGGUUCUUCUGGGGUAUUACUGUAAAACGCGACAGGUGAACGUGACAUGGUUCGACCAGGUGGAACCAGUGAUGUGAUCAGAUGGAAAGAUCACGACAACUGCCCAAAGAUUUACCUGCAAUCACUGUCAACAGUAAUGGCAGUGUUAAAGGCAAGGCAUCUUUUGUUCGACGAUUGGCAAUAGGAUUUGUAAUUCUGGCCAUAUUAGGCCUCUUAUAUGUGCCAGCGUACCACUCCGCUCAGAGCCCAUUUUUAAACUUAGGUGAAACUCCAUCUCCUGCAGAACUUCUUGGUAGUUCACGCUUCGUAGCAUCUAUGGCACAAUUGCCUGGAUGGUCAUAUAAUACAUCAAGAGAUCUCUGUGCUUAUAUUCAUCCGGAGAAUAACACAUUGAUUCUCAAUCCUACCGGCAUCUGUUCAUUACCGCCAUACUUGCUUAUAAUUAUAUGCUCGGCAGUCGCAAAUCAGGAGGCCCGUACCGCUAUUAGGAGUACUUGGGCCAAUAAAUAUAACUUAGAUAAUUUGUACAAUUCUACAGUAAAAAUAGCGUUUCUGCUAGGAAAAAGUGACAAUGAUACACUCAAUAACUUGAUUGUUGAGGAAAGUUCUCAAUAUAAUGACAUUGUGCAAGAACGCUUCUUUGAUACAUAUAACAAUUUGACACUGAAGUCGGUCAUGAUGCUGAAAUGGGUAACGUCGAAUUGUGAUCAAGCUAAAUACCUCAUGAAAACGGAUGAUGACAUGUUCGUAAACAUUCCCUUGCUUCUGCAAACGCUGCGUUCGAGAACACAAACGGAGACUCUUUUAGGUUCCCUCAUUUGCAGUGCUAAACCAAUAUUAGAUCCUAAAAAUAAAUGGUAUACACCCAAGUACAUGUACUCGGAGAAAACAUAUCCAAAUUAUUUAUCAGGUACAGGGUAUGUUAUGAGUAUGGGUGUGGCAUCUAAAUUAUAUCAAGCAGCAUUGGUAACACCAUUGUUACACUUGGAGGACGUUUAUGUCACGGGUUUAUGCGCGAAACGUGCGAAAGUCCGACCCAUGAAUCAUCCUGCAUUUAGUUAUUCACCUCGUAAAUUAGAUCCCUGCGUUCUCAGGAACGCGAUUACUACGCAUAAGGUUAAUGCGUCCAAUAUGUAUGUGAUUUGGGUAAAAAUGAACAACACGAAUGUUUCGUGCAGUAAUCAUACUCGUACUGAUAGAAAACCGAUCACGUUGAGCAGAAGCGGUAGGAAUGCUGGCUAUUAUGUCUUUAAAAGAAAAACUAUAAACAAGUGCGUUUAAAUGUACUUUUUAUAACGUUGAUUCCUUAUAUUAUAAGACUAAUUUUUUUAUCGAGCUUUCUAAGCGCAAGUGGAAUCGAAUAGAUGAGAAGAAAGAUAAGGUAUGAAUUAUCUAAAAACUUCAGUUUAGGAAGAGUUCUCUCUGAUUCCUUAUGGAAUUAUUUAUUUAUAAAUUAUUUAUUUAUAAAUUUAUUUG